UAAAAAAAGAUGAAAUCCAGUCCGAACAGCCUUUGAGCCUGCCCGGAGGGGGGGGGGAGCGAGGCAGGGGUAGGGACACCAGCCAGCACCGCUCAGCUGUCCCGGAGCCUCCACCACUGCAGCCGCUGCCGCCGCCUCCGCUCUGCCGGGGUCCAGCACCACAGCCUCUUCCCCAAGCUCAUGUAGCAAUACUGUCCCCGCUACGGGCCCAGGUUCCUAAUUGCCGGGGGCAGCGGGGGACGCUUUCCGGAGUCGGAGGCCGAGUGAGUGGGGUGGCAGUGCUGGGCUUGUGGGGGGGUGGGGGGAGGGGUAGAGAGGACUCUGAGAAGCCACCACCUUCGCCAGCGCCGAGACCUACUGCCGCGGCUGCUGCUGCUCUAGACACCCGCUGCUGCUGCUGCCUCUUCCCGGCUGAGGCUCCGCUGGCCGCUCCGUCUUAGCGCACGAUUUGUAGCCGGCUACGGGUGGGCUGGCGGUCCAGGGCGUAGGGCGGCUAAGAUGAGUGAAAGGAGAAGAUCUGCAGUCGCCUUGAGCUCCCGAGCACAUGCUUUCUCCGUAGAAGCCCUGAUUGGGACAAAUAAAAAGCGCAAACUCCGAGACUGGGAGGAAAAGGGUUUGGAUCUGUCCAUGGAGUCCCUGAGCCCCGCGGGACCACUCGGAGACGGCGAGGACGCGGCUCACUGCCUGGAGCCCCACCCCGACUCAGAGCAGAGCACUGGUUCAGACACGGAAGUGCUCACAGAGAGGACAUCUUGUUCCUUUGAGUCUCACCCGGAUCUUACCUCAGGUGCUCCUGGUCCCCCACCUCCCCCCAUUUCAUCCAUGGAGGAGAUACAGGUUGAGCUCCAAUGUGCCGACCUCUGGAAAAGGUUCCAUGACAUUGGGACAGAGAUGAUCAUUACCAAGGCUGGAAGGCGGAUGUUUCCAGCUAUGAGAGUGAAAAUUACAGGCCUGGACCCUCACCAGCAGUAUUACAUAGCAAUGGACAUUGUGCCUGUGGAUAAUAAGAGAUACAGAUAUGUAUAUCACAGCUCAAAGUGGAUGGUGGCCGGCAAUGCUGACUCCCCCGUCCCUCCAAGAGUUUAUAUCCAUCCUGAUUCACUGGCUUCUGGAGACACAUGGAUGAGGCAGGUGGUCAGUUUUGACAAACUCAAACUGACCAACAAUGAAUUGGAUGACCAAGGACAUAUUAUCCUGCACUCUAUGCACAAGUACCAGCCCCGAGUCCAUGUGAUCCGCAAGGACUUCAGUAGUGACCUCUCUCCUACUAAGCCUGUCCCUGUGGGGGAUGGUGUGAAGACUUUCAACUUCCCAGAGACUGUCUUCACCACAGUCACAGCCUAUCAGAACCAGCAGAUCACCAGAUUAAAAAUUGAUCGAAACCCCUUUGCUAAAGGCUUCAGGGAUUCUGGGAGAAACAGGACUGGACUGGAGGCCAUUAUGGAAACAUAUGCUUUCUGGAGACCACCUGUGCGCACACUCACCUUUGAGGAUUUCACCACCAUGCAGAAACAGCAAGGGGGCAGCACAGGCACCUCCCCGACCACCUCCAGCACCGGAACCCCAUCCCCUUCUGCUUCUUCUCAUCUCUUGUCUCCGUCCUGUUCCCCUCCCACCUUUCACCUGGCCCCCAACACUUUCAACGUGGGCUGCCGGGAGAGCCAGCUAUGCAACCUAAACCUCUCCGAUUAUCCACCUUGUGCCAGGAGCAAUAUGGCUGCCUUGCAGAGCUACCCGGGCCUGAGUGACAGCAGCUACACCCGCCUGCAGAGCAGUACGUCCUCAGCUAGCCAGUCCUCAGAAACCUUCAUGCCUCAGAGGACUCCAUCCCUGAUCUCAGGAAUCCCGACUCCUCCGUCAUUGCCCAGCAAUGGCAAGAUGGAAGCCUAUGGUAGCCAGCUGGGCUCUUUCCCUGCCUCCCAAUUUCAAUACGUCAUGCAGGCAGGCAACCCAGCCUCCAGCUCUUCUUCCCCACACGUGUUCGGUGGCAGCCACAUGCAGCAGAGCUCCUACAAUGCCUUCUCCCUUCACAACCCUUACAACCUCUAUGGUUACAACUUCCCCACCUCCCCCAGGCUAGCUGCGAGCCCAGAGAAACUGACCACCUCCCAAAGCACUUUACUCUGUUCAUCUCCCUCCAAUGGGGCCUUUGGUGAGAGGCAAUAUCUGCCCACAGGGAUGGAACAUGGCAUGCAUAUGAUCAGCCCCUCUUCAGCCAAUCAGCAGACAGCCAACACCUGUGACAGCCGGCAGUAUGGGUCCGUCCCUGGUUCUUCCUCCUCCCAGAUGUCUGUGCAUAUGGUUUAAUGGGGAACCUGACCUCUCAUCACUAAAGACCCUCCACUGUUUCCAUGAAGGCAUCCUUGUUGUCAGGAGCUCAAAGCCUUUUAAUGAACAGUGGAACUGCAUUUUUUUUCUUCUGAAGGGGGUGGGGUGGGAAUAACCCCUACAACAAAGAGAUGCUCCCAAGCUCUCAUAGAACACUUGAGAUGGAACUUGCAUCUGACUUCCUGGCCCAUUCUCACAAUAUCCAAAGACUUAGCCUUGUUAUCCAGCGUCUAACUUUUAAUCCUAAGUGGCCUUUGGAAAGAUGGAACAAUCAUUUUAUAUUAAUAUAAGAGAGAGGCUAGAGUGUAACAGCCAAUGAAACAUGCGUAUAUAUAUAUAUAUAUAUACACACACAUACAUACCUAAUACAUACAUAUAUACAUAUAUAUAAACACACAUACAAACACACAUACACACACAUACACUUAACACUCACUCUCAACUAGGGUGAGCUCUUCAUGAAGGGAGACCCGGAGUGGGUACUUCACCAAGGACUGGUCUUUCUACAAAGCUACAUGGUCUGGGAAGGCUACCCUUGACCCCUACCCCCCAGGACCCUACCUGUUUCUGGAGUGAAUCAGACCUCCUGAAACCACUUCCCAUCGGUGAGGGGUAGAUGGACAUCAGAGCCACAAUUGGACUUUACUUCCUGAAGGAAGGUGCUCUCCUGACUUUGGCUCCUUCCAGCUGAUUAGCUAUUGUCCUGAAAAUUCAGUGGUGCAACUGAUGUGAUAGUAGAGAAUGAAAGGAAUGGAAAGAGAGAAAGGAAGAAAGAAAGAAAGAAAAAAAAGUGAAAAAGAGAAAGAGAAUGAGGAUGUGUGAACAGUGGUGAGAAUUUAAUUCACCAAGGAAACUGCUUUUUUUCCCCCUCCCAAAAGAAUGCAAAAACAUGAUUUUACUGAGGAAGAGACCUCUUUGGGACACUCUAAUUCCUACUCUAUAUACAAAUGCUCUUGGCCAGGGUGUCAGGUGGGAAAGGAGAUGGGAGAGGGCUGCAUCUUAGCUCCACAGGUCCUGUCAGUGGUAUUCUUCCAGAAUCCACCGGUACACCAACUUGUGGAAGUUUGACUCCCCAAAACAUGAGUCUUAUUUAGUAUGGGAAGGGGGAAGAGAAAGGGAAUGGGAGCGUGGGAAAAGAGUUUGAUAAUUUAGCCUGAACUUAUUGAAAUUGGGGCAAUGAAGAGAGACCUGGUCAGCUAUGAGUGAACCAAGGCAGCUGACCUGGAUUUAGUGCCUUGCAUGCCAGAGUGGCCAUAGAGAAUUUGUGGUUUCACAGAAAUUCAGAGUGCUGAAUUUCAGGGAAACUCAUCUUUCCUCUUCCCUUAGAGCACAGUUUUAAACAAAUAGAUGGUUGCAUUUUGAAGUUUCUUUAAUUUCUUCCCUCUACCCCUCCCUCCCCAUAGCCUUUAACAAUUAAAAAAACUUGCAGCUUGGUAUAAGCUAAGCAUUUAAGUGGUGUGGAACUGCAAUUAUCCCAAAUAAAAGAAUACAGAUAUUAUUAAGAUUUUGGUUUUGAGGUGUUGUAGAUAAAUAUAUUUAUGUGCCUAGUGGGGAAUUCAAUAUUAUGAAUAUUAAAAAGGGGCAAUAAAAAGGGAAUGUAAAAUAUGUAUGAAGAAAAAGGUGUAUAAAAAUUUGCCCUAUGCACGGAAUUCUGUUUCUAAGUGCCAAGCACAAAA